AUGGUACAAUACAUAAUAACCCCCUGGCGCACCCCCGCCGACCUCCUCCUCGUCCGGCAACAGCUCUACAACAACCAAGGCCAAAGCUCAACUCAAAACGGGGUCCGUGAUGAUGCGGAUAGAGAGAGAGAGAGGCGGAAAGCUGUAGCUCAGGUAUCGGUGUGGAUGCAGAGGGGAAAUUGUCCGCAUCUGGUCGAGGCGAGUGCUAUUCUGACGAGUGCCAUUUUGAAUGAUGUACCGGGGAAUUCGACGUAUUGUGUUAGGGCUGCGUAUUCGGCGGCUUUUUGUAGAUUCGUAACCGGCCUCCUAGACUCGCACCAAACAUCCCACAAAAAACUCUCCAUGUACAGCAUCGCGCGCACGCUCUCCCUGCCCGCCACGUACGUCGAGCUGCGGCACCAAGCAACGCACGAGGAGCUGCCGUCGCUGGCCAAGCUAAGGAGUGCGAGUGUCAAGGCUCUGAGGUGGAUCUGGGAGUUUUAUUGGGUGAAAUUGUCCGAGGUUGAUGUGGGAGGGGAACGGGAGGGGAACGGGGAUGAAUGUAAGGAGUUUGUGAGGAGGUAUUUGCAGGAAGCUGAUGAUGAGGGUAUGCAUAUGGAUGUGGAGGUAGAGGCUAGCUCGCGGGGUUGGGAUCGAGCGCGCUUAAUGGCCGCGAUAACGGGGAUCCAGAACGAGGUUGCAAAUCCCGACGCAAGGCUUCUACUUCUACGGCGGGCGUCGCGACUUCAACAACAGUUCUUAGACUCCGAGACAGGUCUACAUUCAGCUCCUCCUCCUCCUCCUCCUAUACCUGUUGUCAAGAGCCUGCAAGAUCUGAAGCGGGAAAUGGAGGAAAUGGAGAUGGAGAUGGAGAUAGAUCCAAACAAUGAGGGUACAGAUGAUGGAUCGCGAGAGACUGACACUAACACUGUCACUAUUGGCGCGGAUUAUCUUCGUCUCUCUGGAAAGGGAUGGGCGGCAUGGGAAGGCGCUUGGGUGCCGAAGCCUAUUGGAGUUGUGUGA